AUGGGAAUAUGUAGUAAUAAUAAACCAACCGGAGAUAUUAAACUAAAUAUUUUUCUAAAAUCUCUGCUUUAUCACAACAACAUAAAUGAAUAGUUUACAGCCCCUAUUGGUACCAUCAAGGAUGAACCUUAAUUACAAGCAGAAUAUUUCAACAUAUAAAUUUGGAAUUAAUUUGAAGCCUUAAGAAAAGUUAGGGAGGAUUAGAAUUAGCUUUAUAACAUGCUUGCUUUCUUUGCAUUUAAACAGGUUAUCGAGAGAAAUGACUAGGUUUUGUUAUAAAAAAUGUAAGCGGUAUCCCAAUCUUUACAAUGGUAAGUGUAGGUAAAAGGAAAACAAAACAUAAGCAACAACAUGAAUUUGAAAAAUGAAUUCCUCAAUCUCCUGCAGAAGGUUGUUAAAGACAAUUAUCUUUUUGAAUUGUAUUAUUCUGAUAUUAAAAACAAUCGUAACUUCUAUGUGUUAUGUAUAAUAUUUUUUAGAAACUGGGCUUUUGAUAUUGCAUCAAAAUACAAAGCGAUACCUAGCAACUCAAAUGAAAUACAAAAAAUGUUAGAUUGGACUGUCCCAUUCAAUUUGACAGAUUAAAUACUAUUUGGAGAAAUAGUUCUAAAUAUGAACCUGAAAAUUAACAUAUUCGAUACAUAAACUAAAUCUCUAUAACAAUUUGGGACAGCAUAAAAUGAAAAUUAUAUUAUAAAAAAUAAAGAUCAAAUUUUCAUCGGCUUGCCCAAACAGUAUUUUAGCAGAGUCAAGCCUUCUGCCAUUAUUUAUCAAUUAUACAAGUACACAAAUUAGGCUAGAAAUGUGGCUGCAGAAAUGCAGAGAUUUGUUAGCGAAGAUUUAAAUUAAUAAGAAUUAAUUUAUGAAUAUUAAAUGACUCAAGAAAUGUUUUAAUAAAUCAAGCUUAGAGGAUUUAAAAGAGUGAGAGGAGAUGGGAACUGCUUUUACACAGCCUUCAUCUAUUAGUAUCUAUCAAUAGUAAUAACAAAGUUUGGAGAUUAAGACUUUAAACAAUUUGUAGAAAUUUUACAAAAAAUUGAUUUCAAUCUUACUCAUGAAACUAUAUAAAAUUUCCCAGUCGAAAUUAGAAAGGAUCUAAAGUAAAUAUUUCUAAGUUUUAUUUAUGAAAUAAUUGGGAGUAACAAUUAGAUUUAAGCCUUUGAAAAUGAGUUUUAAAAUACUAGAAGUAUCUUUUAUGCCUUAUCCAUAAUAUAUGCAAAAAAUUUAAUUCAUUAUUUUGUUGAGUAAAAUUACGAGUAUAAAGUAUUAUUGGGAGAGGAAGCAGAAGAAUAAAUUUAGCAAUGGGAACUUGAGACGGAUAACAUUUAAGUAUUGCUUGUGAUUUUAGCCAAUUGUUUAAAUCUUAUUCUCCAUUUCUAUUUCAUUGACGCUGAUAACAAAACAAUUGAUUUACAACUCUAUUAACAAUCUUAGAAUGAACUAACAAUCCCAAAAUAAAACGUGUAUUUACUAUUUUGCCCAGGACAUUAUUGUAUAGGAUUACCUAUAGAAAAAAAAUGA